AUGGCUUCUAAGCGGUUUGUUGGCGCCAUAGCAAUCUUGGCAUUUGUUCUUGCAGUUGUGGCCAUGACAACAGAGUUUGCUCUACUAAAAGUAUUACGGUCGAUUCUCAUACAUGCAGUCUUCAAUUACACGGCGGGACGGUACAAUGUCAUCAAAGUGAAUGCUAUGUCCUUCACGAACAGCACUAUACCACCAGCAAAUGAAGCUCUUUCCACUGGAAAUGAUAAGCUUGCCAUCACUGUAUUAGAAGAGUCAGCGUCUCCUGCACCGGCCUCCUCCACCCCCACAACACCAGCACCCAGCUCUGCUCAUGGGAUCUCUGGGUCCGGGUAUCAUCUUCUGAUGGCAGCCAUGGUUGUUGUUGCAUUCCUAGCUGUUUGGCCUGUUUUUACUCCAGAAGAACCUUAG